GGUAACACUGAAUUGUACAUUAAAAGCGCGCUAUUGCAGCACGUAAAUAUAUUCUAAAAUUUAAUAAAUAUAUUUUUUUACCUUGAGAGAAAGAUUUAAUUGUUUUAUAAAGAUUAAAUUAUUGUAAAUAAUGACUAGUUCAGUUAGUACAAAUCCUUCAACUUUAUUACCAUUAGAAUUAGUUGACAAAUGUAUUGGAUCGAGAAUACAUAUUAUAAUGAAAAAUGAUAAAGAAAUCGUUGGUACUUUAUUAGGAUUUGAUGAUUUUGUAAAUAUGUUAUUGGAGGAUGUGACGGAGAGUGAAGCAACUCCGGAAGGUAGAAGAGUUACAAAAUUAGAUCAAAUUCUUUUAAAUGGUAGCAACAUUACUAUGCUUGUACCCGGCGGAGAAAUGCCAGACACAUAAAAUUACAAUUCUUUUUUUUUUUGUUUUUAUACAUUUUCUAUUUAUAUAUAUAUAUAUUAUCUGUAAACACAUUUAUUUAAUAAUGUAUAAAAAUAAGUUACAGGUAUACUCGCAAGUAUAGAAUAUUAUUUAAUUUUAAAUAAAAUCUACUUAUCCAUUAGGAUAUCAAGCAUAUCGAUGACUUCACUUGCUACUGGUCGAGCUUUCAUUUGUGGAGACCACAUUUCUCUAUACAAUGAUUUAUAUCGUCCUUCAAAUUCAUCAUUGAGAUCUUCAUCGGAAGGUCUUUUUCCUUUUAUAGAUAAAUAGAUAAUAGUAUGCACGUGCAAUCCCACGAAUGGUAUUUUUCUAGAAAGUAUUUGCCAAGCUAAUAUGCCUAAUGAAUAAAUAUCUGCGGCAGGACUAGGAAUCAUACCGCAUAACACCUCUGGUGCUGCGUAACCUGGCGUACUUGUCAUUAUCUUUAAAAAAACAAAAAGACAAUAAAAUAUUUUUCUAU